GUGAAAAGCUGGAUCCUCCACGUCUUUUACUUGUCGGAGUUUCUCUGCCUCCCUCACUUUUGCUUUGAAGAACGUUCACCGGCCGUAACUAAUUUCAGGAACCCCAUUGUUACAUUUAUAUCUCGCGUAAUUUGUAAAUAUUAUUUCCCACCCCUUUGAAAAUAUCUCUUUUCGCCGCUAUUCAGUUCCGUGGAGCACUUUUUCCUACGCUACCUGUGCCCAUCAAUUCGGGGAGCGCCAGCGUUUGAAGUUUCAUCUCUAGUCCUAUUUACCAGUUUAACUUUCAUAGCUUCAAGCUUCUCGGCUAAAAACCUCAAACUUGGUGUUGGGUUUCUGAAGUCAUCGAGAUACAGGGUGAUUUUGUCCUCGUCCUCGUGUCUGCUGGAGAUUCAGGAACUAGUGUUAGGUACUCUUUUGCUGGAUCUUCAUUUCCCCCUUUGGCUUCGCGGAUUUUUGGGUUCUGAUAAAAACUACUGCAAUUUGAAGUGUUGUAGACAUCUGCAAAUGUUUUGUCUUCAAAGUGUGGCAGUUGGUGAAUGAUUUAAAUUCCUUCCAAAGACAUGUGGCCAGCCUUCUUCCAGUUGAAAUGAAGAACUCACAGAGCCCAAAAGAAGAACCCUCAACUCAAGCGUCUCAUGAGUCAGAAAGUGAACAGCCAAACAAUCAUACAACUGAUGCCCCCAUUACAGACUGUGGUUCAGUAUCUGCUUCAGGCAAUGACAGCAAAAAGGUUUCACGGCAGGAUAUUGAGCUUGUCCAGAAUUUAAUAGAAAGGUGUCUACAAUUAUAUAUGAAUAAAGAUGAAGUGGUUAAAACACUUUUGACUCGGGCAAAGAUAGAUCCUGGAUUUACAACUCUGGUGUGGCAGAAGUUGGAGGAAGAGAAUGCUGAUUUCUUUAGGGCCUAUUACACAAGAUUAAAAUUGAAAAAGCAAAUACUCCUCUUCAAUCACUUGCUUGAGAAUCAGUACCAUUUGAUGAAGCAUUCCAUUGCUCCAAAGGUUCCAUUGGCUCCGAUUCAGAAUGGAAUUCAUCCAAUGCCUGUCAACAAUCUGCCUAUGGGAUACCCAGUGUUACAGCCUCCCAAUAUGGCAACAGGUCAACCACAUCUUGACUCCAUGGGCUCUGGAAUAUCAAGUUGUCAUGUGGUUAAUGGAGUCCCUGCUCCAAGCAAUUUUAAUUCCAUUCAGAUGAAUUCUGGGAAUGACAUGGUGAUGGACCACAGUGCUCCUGAUAUGGCUCCUGUUAUUCCAUCAAUUAACUCAAUGUCGUCAUUGUCAGAAAUGGCAGUGAGUCCUACAUCAGUAGCAUCCAGUGGUCGUUUCCCAUUUACUGCAGCAGAUUUAUCCGGAAUAAACACAGACGCAUCAGCUCUGGAUACCGCCUUUGCAUCUGAGGUAGCCAGUUCAGCAGGACUGCAACUUGCAGCAGAAGGAAACACAGCAAUUUCCAGAUCGCUUGAGCAAAUUCCGUGGAAUUUUAGCCUAUCUGAUCUAUCUGCUGAUCUGUCUAACUUGGGAGAUUUGGGGGCCCUUGGUAACUAUCCUGGUUCACCAUUUUUGCCGUCUGAUUCUGAUAUGUUGCUUGAAUCUCCAGAUCAAGAUAUAAAUAAUGUGGAUGACUUUCUUGUUAGUUCUGAGCCGCAGUGCUCUCACUCAGACGAGCAGAAGUCGUAGAUGCAGGUUAGACAACAUGUGUUUGGCAUGAAAAUUGAUAGAUUAGUUGAAUUGGGGGAAUAAAUGUCAUUCAGUUUAUUGAAUAUCACCUUAGUGUAGGCAAACUACCCUUCAUUAUCAUCCUCUAGAUGGAAAAUUUCUUUGUUACUGGGUAGCUGUAUUUUUCUGUAUUCAUUGGGGAAAACUAUUGUUUGGAAGGGUUGGGGGGGGGGGGUGGUUUGUUGAGGAUGGAAUUGAUGAGUUUGGAUGCAUAUUGGUAGGAUUUAGACCAUUGUCAGUGCCAAGGUUGGUGGGUUUGUACUCCAGAACUUCACCUGAUAUAGUGAUGAAAUGAACUGAAUUGAAGUGGAGCACUCGUUCUUCGAUGAAAAUUGAUUGAUUUGAUUUUUUUUUCUUCGGAGA